AUGGGCGCUAGGUUGUCAUUAUUGGCACCCUCGGCACCGACAAUAGCUAUUUCUUCGUAUGUGGAUAUUCUAAAUAAUAUCCAAUAUGUCGAAUUAUUAAACAAUUCACGAUUUCUUAAGACCAUUAAAGCAGUUGAUAAUGCAUCUGGAAACUUGAUUGUUAUUAAAAUACUAAUAAAGCCUUCCAACAAUACCUCGAAUUACAACAUAGAUUUACAGCAAUUGAUCGAAUUAUUGGCAAAAGAAUCGUCGUUACUCAAUCGGUUCAAUAAUAUUCUUCCAUGGCACAAAAUUAUAGAAACAGACAGGGCGGGCUAUUUAAUUAGACAGCUGAUAAAAACAAACUUAUAUGAUAGGAUAUCUUUGCGGCCCUUUUUGGAACCAAUUGAAAAGGCAUUUCUUGCGUUCCAAAUCUUGAAAAUAAUAGAUGAUUUGCAUAAUAAAUUGGGCAUACAUCAUGGUGAUUUGAAACUAGAGAAUUGUUUGAUCACGUCGUGGGAUUGGGUAAUGUUGACAGACUUUGCGAGCUACACUAAGCCUACGUAUCUUCCAGAAGAUAAUCCGAAUCAAUUUUCUUUCUAUUUUGAUACGUCAGAUAGAAGACUCUGCUAUAUUGCCCCAGAGAGGUUUUAUAACUCAAAGAGCAAUAUAAAACCAGUUCAAAAUAUUAACGAUUUUGGAAAGUUCAAUGGAAAAGAUCAGCUAACAAAUGAAAUGGAUUUAUUUAGUUUGGGAUGUGUUAUAGCUGAGUUAUAUUUGGACGGAGAGCCUACUUUUACAUUAUCUCAGAUAUUCAAAUACAUGAAAAACGAGUAUAUUCCUGACUUAUCUACUAUAAAUGAUUCAUACAUUAGAGAAAUAAUAACGAACUUGAUUCUGCGUAAUCCUAAGGAUAGAAAAUCAGCUGAUACUAUACUCAACAGCUAUAGAGACAAAUGUUUUCCUAGUUUCUUUUAUGAUUUUCUUUAUGAUUUCAUGUCAGAAUUGAAUAAUAAUGAUUUAUUUGUUGUCCCAAAUGAUAAUGAUAAUUUGACUCCAAGCGAUUUAAAACUUGAGCACAUUUAUAAAAGUUAUGACAAGAUUACCGAUGCUUUGCAGUUUAAUUAUUCUAAUGAAGGCAAUUUAUCGGCUUCACAAGAUUCGAAAUUCGUGCCAUUAAUUCUUAACUUAAAAGGAAUGCCAAGAAACUAUAUAAUUAAGUCAACUGCAACAUUUAUGGAAAAUAAUCACCUGCAGCAAGGCUCUUUGAUUAUCCUUAAUUUGAUUUUCUCGUUGAUGAAAUCAUUCAAGCAGCCUUUUUCAAAAAUCAAAGCGUGUGAACUAAUAAUUGCACUUUCGGAGAGAGUUAAUGAUGAUUGCAAAUUGGACCGUUGUUUGCCAUAUUUAUGUAAUUUAUUGGACGAAUACAUUGACAGUUCCGGUAAUUACCAACCAAAUAAUUUUCAAUCCAAUUUGUCUGAAAACUUUACAUCAUCUUCGGAAGUGGCAUGUAUUGCAUUAACAUCUAUUACUACUUUACUUAUGUCGUGUUCAUAUAUUAACCCGAUUAAUGUAUUGAUGUUUUCAGAGUAUUUGUUACCAAAGUUACACACAUUGAUAGGUAUAUUUCCAAAGAAUGAGGACAAAAAUUUAAUCAAAAUAACGCUAGCUGCAUGUUUGCCGCAUCUUGCAAUAGUUUCAAAGAAGUUCUGGAUGAUGUCAAAGACUUUUAAGAACAGUGUUCUAAAAGACUUGAAAAAUCGUCUCCCUCCGACGCAACUUUUAAACGAUAAUGAAAAUGUAAAUGACUCUUAUAAUUCAUUCAGUAUUCGAAAAGAACAGUUAGACUCUGAUGUUGAGGAUCUUUCCUCCAAACUAUUAACAGACCUUAACCCCAUGGUUAAAAUAAGUUUAGUUAACAAUAUAAUGCCAUUAUGCCAAUUUUUUGGUGUUGAUAAAACUAAUGAUAUAAUAUUACCGCACUUGAUCACAUACUUGAAUGAUUCAAAUUAUGAAUUGAGGCUUGCAUUUUUGUCGUCCAUCUUGGAAAUUGGCCCAUUCGUUGGGGUUUUAUCCUUUGAGCAAUACAUUUUACCCUUAUUAAUCCAAACAUUGGGUGAUCUGGAACAAUUUGUUAUUUUGAAGGUCUUGGAAAUAUUUCAUUAUUUUGUGCAACAUAGGUUGAUUAAUCCAAAAUCUGAAUUCAAUGCAUUGUCAAUCUAUAAGGAGUUGUUGACUAGUUCGAUUAAGUUACUUCUUCUUCCGAAUGAAUGGAUUAGGCAGUCUGUAAUCAGCUUGAUUCUAUCAAUUAGCGAUAACUUACUGGAUGCUGAUAAAUAUUGCUUUCUUUAUCCUCUUGUAAAGGGUUUUUUGGUGUAUGAUGUGAACACAAUAACCUGGAAUACGUUAUAUCCAUCUAUUACAAAGCCAUUAUCGAAACAGAUAUAUAAUUUGGCGAUUACUUGGUCAUCGAAUGCAACUAGCAAGUCAUUGUUUUGGCAAGAGAAGAGCUUCUCGGUAUUUAAUGAUAUAAAAGCACCUGCAAAGAUUUUACCCUAUUCGACUAAUAUGGGGAAAUCUGUUUACAUUCCUAAAUCUAAGAGCGGCUUUCCUUUAGACAGUACGAACUCAAACAUUCCAUUAUCCCCAGAAGAUAAACAGUGGGUAUUAAAAUUAAAAUCCGUGGGACUUAAUGAUAGGGACUUAUGGAAGAUAUUCAUUUUAAGAGAAUAUAUUUUUCAUGCUAGCAAAUCUAAUACUUCAUCUACGUCUAAAGAUGAUUUUGAACUUCCAAAGGACAUUAAUAUUACCCCACGCAAUGUUUUCUUCGAAGUUUGUUAUAAAUCCGAACCUUUUACAUCUGACUCCAAGACCGCAGAAACGAAUUUUGAAUCUGUGCAUACCAUUCCCAGUUCCAAAAAGGAUGUAGAAGCCUCACGAGGUUUAAAUUCGCUUAUCUUGCCAAAUUUUGGUAAGGUAAAAGUUUCAUUGCAGACUGUCCAAGCAAAUGUUUUUGGAGAAUUAGAGACUAGCCAUGAUUCUUCUUUUAAUGUUAGUACUAGCCAUCAUCAUCAUCAUAUUCAUUCCACUAAUAAUUCGAAUUCUACUCAUAAAGUUUUUAGUGUUAAUAACCAAAAAAUCAUCACUGCAAAUAUGAAGCAUAGUUAUACUGGUUAUAACCCAUAUAUGUUAAACUAUUUGCAUAAUGUCGAGUUUGAACCUACCUUGGAUAGUUUUUCAGAAUUCGGGAAUAUUAUAAAAUUUUCGAAACCAUCCACGUCAGACAAUAAUAUUUGGAAACCACAGGGAAUAUGCGUAGCACAUAUUAAUACAAAUAAUACUGAUGGGGAUAUUAAUGGAGUAAAUUGUAUAUCUGUUGGUCCAACUUCAGAGUUUUUCAUAACUGGCUCUGAAGAUGGCACAAUGAAAGUUUGGGAUACUCUGAAGCUAGAAAAGAGUAUUACAGUUAAACGUGAAAGUCUCUCUUUGAAGCUAGAAUCUUCAAUUGUUGAUAUUAAAUUUAUUCCGAAUAGGUUUGUGUUUCUGGUUAUAACCACUGAUGGAAAGCUAAGGUUGUUUAGAAUUGAUGUUUCAAGAGGGAAGAAUAAAAGGAUUACCAAAUAUACAAGACUUUCAUUGAUCAGAAAUUAUAGCUUGAAUAUUAUCGAGGAUGGGUAUUUAACAAGUGUCGAAUAUUGUAUUUCUCUGCUGCAUGCAUGGAUUAUUGGUACUACGUCUAAUUCUAAAAUUAUAGGAUUUGAAAUUAUCAAGAUGGAAGUUGAAUUUAAUUUGCAAAAUCCUGUAAUACUUGGCGUAAUUACAUCAUUCAUAAUAGACCAUAAGAAAGCAUGGUUACUAGUGAGUACAGAUAAAGGUAACAUAUGUUUAUGGGACCUAAGGUUUAGAACAUUAGUAAAGUCUUGGAAAUUAAAUACAAAUAAUGAAUAUGAUAAAUUGUCUCCGAUAAAAAAAUUAAUUUUGAUGCCAAACGACUUUAAUUUAGAUGCAAGACUGGAGAACACAUCUUACUUUGCAAUGAUAGGUGGUACCAACGAAUCAGAUAUAUCUCUAUGGGAUGUUCCCAGUUUCGAAUGCCGUGAAACAUUUAGCUCAAAUGCCAUUAACCCAAAAGUCAAGUUAUUUUCAUUAGAUGAGAUCCAAGCUACUAAAGAGCCAGAAAUUGAUGCCAUUUUAUCGGACUUAGAUAUAGAUUUCGACACUGAUAAUAAUAAAGAUAAGAGUAUGACUGCAUUGCUGACGUUCAAAAACAAAGCAAACAACUACUUUGCAUGUGCAACUUGGGAUAAGCGGAUUAUUCUUUGGAAUAUUUUUGAUACAGCAGAGUCUGUUUCUCUCAAUAGCAAGUAUGCCACAUCUUUCAAUAAAUCUAGAGUUAAUCUGGCACUUCAGUUGAAUUACGAAAGAAUAAGCACAGAUAAAGGUCCUGCUCAACCGAGUGAUGCAAUUACAUUGAGUAGUAUUGCUAGCCAGCAGUUUGACUCUGUUAGGAUACAUCAGGAUAUUAUAAAUGAUAUAGGGGUAAUCACUAGACCAUUUGAAAUGAUAAUAUCUGCAGAUAGGAAUGGAUUUGUUAACUUAUAUAAGUGA